UUGGGAUUGGGAUUGGGAUUGGGAAGAUAUCUCAUCAGUUUUGUCUUGUUCUCUUCAAAUUUCCCUUUCCCGGUAUCGAGCGAUAAAAAAGAAAUCGGAAGGUUGGCCCAGAUGUUGGUCGGGUCCAAGCUUUUCCUCUUUCGGACGUGACGCUAAACUACAUAUGGUAUUAUUAUGGGAUUUUGGUAUGGAUCUGGAGGGGUAUGGGAGUUGUGAUUGGCUGUACCCCAGGCGAUAUGGCAAAUUGGGGGAAACCGGAGGAGGCGCUUCACUUUGGAAGUGUUUAAAAUAAAAGCUGGCCAUCCUUGUUGAACAUGUUUAACAUGACGCAGACGGGAUGGGAUCGUGAAGCACUGCAAGCAAUCAAUCAAAGCAAUUUAGAAAAGCGGCUAUGUAUAUGCACGAAUGUGCCGAUGAAUUCGAAUUUAUGCAAAUCGGUGCGGGGUUUACAGUUUACAGUAGAGAAGAGAGAAUCUAGCUAUGGUCCUACACAUCGUUCUCCUAGUCCUCCUAGUCCUCCUAGUCCUCCUAAGUCUCUUACUUUCUUUCCUCUUAUGUCUCUUCUCUUGACCCUCUUACGUCCCUUACCAAGCAAUGAGAUAUUCAUCGCUGCACAAACAUUCCCAAUCAUCAAACGUCUCCCCUCCAAAUGA